AUGGCAGCCAAGGAUAAUCAGUUAACUGGAAUAGUAAAUAAAAACUAUUUUAAUCAAGAAUUAGAGGAGAAAAUAAAUGAAAAUAAAACUAAAGCGGUAAUGAAUUUAAAUUCGCAACGAUUGAAUAAAUAUGAUAUUAGAAUAAUUGUUAAUGAACUAAAAGUAAAUCAAUGUUGGAAAGAAUUAUAUUUAAAUGGUAAUAAUUUAACAAGUGACACUAUACAAAAUAUGUGUGAAGUAUUAAAAUUAAAUACUCAUUUGGAACUUCUUAGUCUCAGUGGAAAUCCAUUAUAUAGUGAUGGUGCAAAAUUAAUUGGUGAUCUAAUGUUAGAAAAUAAAAGUAUUAAAAUAUUAAUUAUUAAUUCAAAUCAAUUUAAAGAUCAUGGUAUUGAACAUAUUGCACAAAUGUUAAAAUAUAAUAAAACAUUAAAAGAAUUACAGAUAAUGAAUAAUCAAAUAACACAUAUGGGUAUGAUUAAUUUAGUUGAAGCAUUAAAAAUAAAUAAAAAUUUGGAAAAUUUAAAUGUUUCAAAAAAUGAAUUUACAGAAUAUGGUGUGUCAACUAUUAUUGAUAUGUUAAAUACAAAUCGAACAUUAAAAGUGUUAAAUAUUAGCUCAACUGAUAUACCAUUUAAAGCACAAGAUGAAAUUCAACGAAAAACUACAGAUAAUACAAUUUGUAAAGUGGAAUAUUAA